UUCAAUCAAUGCGAUUGCAUCCCCGAGAUAUGUGUUCUUGCUCAGCGUUUAAUGUGACGUUAUGUGACUUUAUUCGAAUUGGUAUAGGCUACUAGAAGAGGUUACAUUUUUUGAAAGGUCAGUAGAGUAAUUGGGGAAAUAUUUUAUGUCCAGGCACAGUAUGUGAAAUGAAACUAAUAAAAACGCAUACAUUAGAAGGCAACGUUGACAUACUUAACUGUCAGCGGAUAUUAAGACUGCAUAGUCUCUUAUGACAUUGAAUUGGAAUACAUUUAAAAACCGUUGCUGUGCAUUGACAUGCACUUUCAUUUGUCGUUGUUUGAUAUCGGCCAUUUUAAAAUAUUAGAGUGUCCCGGUAGACAUUGUUCAUUCAGCACAUUUCUGAAUUGAUUUGAACUAUUCGUAAUUCUAAGUAGUCUACCCUGUUCUGUAAUUUCAGUAAUCUGUGUUGUAGGGUAUUCUUUUUAAGAUCUUAGUGUAGUUAUUGUGUAGCAUCAGCUGAAGUAGGACCAUUAAUUUGUUUCAAAUGUAUUUAGUUAUUUAUUAAUUUGUUAUUAUUGUUGUUGUUGUUGUUGUUCAUACUAAUGGUAGUAGUAGUUGUAGUAGUAGCGUGAUUUAUUAUCGGCUUUCUAAGCCAUCUGGAGAUUCAAAAAAAUAUUUCUUUCUUUCUUUCUUUAUUCAUUCAUUUGCUCUAUCCAUAUUGUACAUUUGAAUAGUUCGUUACCCUACAUGGACACAAUCAGGAAUUUGCACUGGUGCCUUAUGUUGUUUCAGUGUUGCGUGAGUGUUAACAGAUUUAGGAAAAACAGUGUAUAGCCUAUGCCACAAAUACAAAAUGCAAAUGCUUACAAAGUCUAGAAAUUAACAAAAUUAACAAAUAAAAUUCACUGACAAUAAAAAGAAGAAUUCCCGAAAAACGGCACGCCUGCAGUGGGAUCCACAGGUGUUCAACCCUCGCAUUGUUGAUAGCGUCAGUUCUCUCAAUGAGAACCUCGUGCUCCAGUACGUGAUGAAUAGGCAAGAGGCGGCCGGGGCUUGAAUAGCCUGUUAUCUGUCAGACCCUACAGUUCAAUGUCUCGCGAGAGAAGCCGCGCUCGCUUGACGAGAUCUGAGGGGCUCAGGUGUAAGCGCUCCUCUCAUCCCAGUAGUAGGAAACGGCAGACGGAUAAGCGCGACUGAGAGUCUACAGCCAGCACCGUAUGAUCUUCAGACUCAAAGCUGCACUCAACCGCUACAAGCUAUUGCAUCAUUACUGGACAAACCAGGACCGCAAUUUUUGUCCAUCUCUCUCGCUCUGUCCCUUCAUCUGGUGCACUUUAAUUAUUUCAAGAAGCCGCAAAAAUGAUGUCCAUGAACAGCAAACAACCCCAUUUUGCCAUGCAUCCGACCUUACCUGAGCACAAGUACACCACCCUGCAUUCCAGCUCCGAGGCAAUACGAAGAGCCUGCCUACAGACUCCACAGUUGCAGAGCAACAUCUUCGCCAGCCUGGAUGAGACUCUACUGGCGCGUGCUGAGGCUCUCGCGGCCGUGGACAUCGCAGUGUCCCAGGGCAAGACCCAUCCAUUCAAGCCCGACGCGACGUACCACACGAUGAACAGCGUGCCCGUGCCAUGCUCCUCGACCUCCACCGUGCCACUUGCCCACCACCACCAUCACCACCACCACCACCACCACCAAAACCUGGAACCUCCGGACCUCAUGGACCACAUCAGUUCGCCUUCGCUGAGUCUCAUGACCGGCGGGCACGACGGUGUCGGAGGCGGCGGAGGAGGCGGUGGAGGGGGCUUGAUUUCUACUUCUGCACACCCGCAUUCACACAUGCACGGCUUAAGCCACCUCUCCCACCAGGCUGCUAUGAACAUGAAUUCACCCCUCACUCACCAUGGGCUUUUGCCCGGCCACCAUGGCGGAGCACAGAGCGCUUCUGGACUCACGAAUAACGGACUCCCCUCCAUCAACGAUUCGGACACAGAUCCACGAGAACUGGAGGCUUUCGCGGAGCGGUUCAAGCAGAGGCGAAUCAAGCUUGGCGUCACCCAAGCGGACGUGGGGGGUGCGCUUGCGAAUCUGAAAAUCCCCGGUGUUGGCUCCCUUAGUCAAAGUACCAUUUGUCGGUUUGAGUCGUUGACUCUGUCACACAAUAACAUGAUUGCGCUAAAACCCAUACUUCAAGCGUGGCUAGAAGAGGCCGAGGGGGCUCAGAGAGAAAAGAUGAGCAAACCGGACAUUUUUAACGGGGGAGAAAAAAAACGCAAGCGGACGUCCAUAGCGGCUCCAGAAAAAAGAUCUUUGGAAGCCUACUUUGCUGUUCAGCCCCGACCAUCUUCAGAGAAGAUAGCAGCUAUUGCAGAAAAACUGGACCUCAAAAAGAACGUGGUGCGAGUAUGGUUCUGCAACCAAAGACAAAAACAAAAGCGGUUGAAGUUUUCUGCGGCGCAUUAAUUGACCGAAAUAGUAGCUACUUUUGUUUGACUGCAUUUAGGGACCAAGGAAGACACACAAAUCAUCGUUUUAGUCUUCUUCUUUUACUGAAGGCUUUUUAAAAAACGGUGUGGUGGCGAUGAAAUAACUGGUUUCAUGAAGCUUCAUAUUUCUCUCAUUAAUUUAUUUUCACGUUAUUGGUGAAUGUAAGUAUGCAAAUAACAGGUAAUCCAGAUUAUCGUUUUUCUCUGUUGGUUAGUUUACAAAAUAUGUCCCCAAUAUUUCCUUUUUGAAACACAUUGCAUAAUGUGGUUCAAGUUGAGGAUGCUCUUAGCGAUGUUGUUUUUAACCAUAUUUAUUUCAAGUAACAAUAGCCAACCAAGGGUUACCUCAUUGUUUAUAAUUCUCUUGAGGGUGUUUGUCUAUUUUGAAUUGUGGUCACUGCUGUGUUUCUAACAUUUUAGAGAUUUGUCAGCUGCUGAUCCCAGCUAAGUUGUACACGAAUGUUUUAUUCGUAGCCCAGUGUUCCAAAGGUCUGCAUGAUUUUAAUACAGAAAGACAGGAAAGUACCGUAUUAGUGUGACAUAAAGUUAGUUGUCGCCACAGAUUUUAAUUUUGAAUUUGCACUAAAACCUACAGUCAUUUAGAUUACUUUGAUUAGAUAUGGUUGAAAUGGUUUUUGUAUAUAUACAAAUGACACUUGCUCAGAGCUCAGAAGUUGAAUUCUAAGUUUUCAAAAUCGAAAUAUUUUAUUUAAGGUAUUGGCUUUACCAGUGAAAAUGUAUUAAUGUUAGAAUUUAAGCUCGCAUGAUUCAGAUGGUAUACAUACUAACAAACAAAAGAGAAAAAAAAGAAAAACGAAUUCGGACUAAAUGAUAUUUUCUUUCUUUUGUAUACUACGGUUUGCAGUGCAAACAUUCUAUGCAUUAAAAAUAUAUCAGCACUACGUAGAGUAUCUACUGGUAGACCUUUGUGGAUGGUGUAACUCACAGUUUACUGCCUGUUUUCACAUAAAAACACAACGUUGUUUGUCGUGUUAAUUGUAAAAAAAGAAAAGAAAAAGAAAAAAAAAAAGUCGUGUGAGUAAUUUUAUUUUGUGCACAAGUAUGUUUACAAACUCCAGUCACGUGUGCAUCAUGAAGCUGUUUCAUCUCUGUCCCACUGGCUGUCCGCUGAGCUUCUUUCUUUGUUGUUGUCAUUAUUUAUUUAUUUAUUUAUUUAUUUACUAACUUAUUUAUUUAUUUAUUGUUUAUUAUGUUUGUUUUAUUUGUUUAUACUGAAUUAUGUCUGUAAGCCAAACCCAAGAACAGGGAGAUGUGUCCCAACAAUCUUGCAAAUAAACGAGACAAAAAUAAA